AGGUGCAAAAGCUUAACGAAACGACGCCGUUUUCCCUUGAAGAACUUUAGAAAUGAGAAUCAGUGUCACUCACGAAAUCAUCUGAGUGUCGACAGUUUCACAAGGUCAAGAGAGCGACAGAGAAAUUGCGAAAUGGCAUACGCGGCCGCCCGGCGCACAUUAGCCUCAGCCCUCAGCCGAACCCUCGCUUCAACUCAUACCUGCUCAAAAUCCAUCUCUUCUCGCUCUCGCUUCGCUGUGGCUCUUCUCAACAAACAGCAAACCCAGCUCCUACCCGACCUGGUGAACAUCACGUACCGGUCCAAGCAUUCAGGGCAGGGUUACUCGCCCCUGAACGACGCGACUCCAAACUGGAGUAACCGGCCGCCCAAGGAGACCAUCCUCCUCGAUGGCUGCGACUACGAGCACUGGCUCAUUGUCAUGGAGUACGACGACCCCAAGCCCACCGAGGAGGAGAUGAUCAAUUCCUACGUCAAAACCCUAGCCACCGUUCUCGGAAGUGAGGAGGAGGCGAAGAAGAAGAUAUACUCUGUUUCUACCACGACAUAUACUGGAUUUGGUGCUUUGAUUUCUGAAGAGCUUUCUCUGAAGGUCAAAGGGUUGCCUGGUGUUCUCUGGGUUUUGCCGGAUUCAUAUCUCGAUGUUCCCAACAAAGAUUAUGGAGGCGAUCUAUAUAUCGAUGGGAAAGUCAUCCCAAGACCACAGUAUAGGUACAAUGAAAGGCAACAGCAAACUAGAAACAGGCCUCGCCCACGAUAUGAUAGGCGCCGGGAGACAAUGCAGGUUGAAAGGAGAGAGCCAAUGCAAGGACAGAGCUUGGGCCAGGACAGGAGAGAGCCUGUGCAGCAAACAACACAAAGUUCCACUCAAGGUGGAGGGACAGGUUCCACCAGGAACCAAGGAGAGUUUAAUAGGGGCAAUGUUUAAGGAUUCAAAAUAUAGUUGCAAAUUCUCAGAACUCCCUAUAAUAUUUCUUAUGAUGAAUGACAACUUGGCAUUUUCUAUGUUUCACGACAAACUUAUGGAGUAAGAAAUGUGAAUAUCUGUGUUGUUCCAUUUUGGGAUU